AUGGCAGGCAGCUUGCCCCAACCUCGGGUCUCGAAGAACACCCAAAAUACCCAGCUAAACUACGAACUCCCGCACCGAAUCCAUACCGCCAAAGUCUACCCUAUCCUCUCCUCAAACGGCUCGACAGUCAUCCUUUACGGACAUGAAAAUGGUGUGAAGCUCGUUUGGAGAGGUGGCAGAUCGUUCAAGAGCUCCCAAGAUUCUUCUGCGCCGGCCAAGAAGGCAAACGGCACAGGGAAUGCUGUUAUUUCUCUCGAUUCCGACGAUGAGGGCGAUUCUGGAAAAGCGUUCGAAGACAAGCCGGAAUUUGAAGACGAGGAAAAGGAGCUGGACCCUUCACGGCCAUACCCAGGCAUUUUGCAGGAGCUAGAUCUUCACUUUGGGACCGAUGUGCUACACCUCACCGUUUUGCCCGACCCGGUCUUGAAAGCUGAUGGGCCAUCUUGGCAUGGACUGGAGUCUCUGAAGCAGAAGAUCGUGUUCACUGCGGCGUGUGCAGACAAUUCUCUCCGCUUCGUCAUCGUUCCUCUUGCGCCACCAUCACCCAAGAGCAAAGGGCGACCAGAACUCCGAUCAGAUUUCACACUCGCGACCGCAGGAAAAGGGACAUGGGGAGAGACCGUUGUGCUGCUCAAUGGACACCAGAAGCCUUCCGGUGGAGUUACAAUGACACUAGAAGUUGUCACUGAAAAGAGUCAAGGUUCGACGCCAGCAGAGACGCAAAUAAUAAUCGCAUCACAUUCUCGAGAGGUAACGGGCCGAUUGCUGCUCUUCAGAAUUACUCUCAAAUCACCCAGACCAGCCCUAGAGCCGUUUCAGUCUGUUUUCCUCGCAUCACCAGCAAAAUCCAUCUCAUUCAAUCCAAGUCUCUCCAGGCAAAAUACUAGUCACCUUUUGGUAGCUGAUACUAUCGGUGUAUGCCGCAUCUACGAUUACAAGGCUUCUAUAAAGGUCACUGAAGAUCCUGACAGCCCUGCAACAGAAGGAACUUGGCUCUUGUCUCUCUAUACCGGUUUCCAAAGCACGAAGACCGAUUCGCAAGCGUCGCCACUAGGAACACAUGCAGGAUUUGGCCGGAAGACUAUCAUUGAUGCACAAUGGGUAUCAGCCGGCAGAGCUGUCAUUGUACUGCUCAGUGACGGCCAGUGGGCGAUCUGGGACAUAGAAGGGGUCGGACCCGGCGCAUCACAGGGCCUUCUCAGCCGCCACCAAGGGGUAAAAGGAGGAUCGCGCUCAGAAUACAGUCUCACCGGCUACAUCGACGCUGCUACAAAAUCUCGCACCUCCGGCCCACCUCAAAUCACCACCUCUAAGUUCGCACCCAUGACUCCUGGGACCCGCAAAUCGACAGAGCCUUUCGGCUCCAGGGGAUCGAACGUCGCUAUGCGCGGCCAGAUCUCAGUUCUUGAAGUUCCCGCCUCCUCACCUACUAGUCCGUCAGAAGAAUCGGUGCUUUUCUGGCUUGGCGAGACCUUCACCAUCAUCCCAAAUCUUUCGAAGUACUGGACCGCGAAUGCAAGUAAGAAGAGCGGAUCAGGCCUCUUUGCCGGGGCAGCAGGCGUUCGCGCCAUCAAACUCGACAGCGUAGAGCUGCAAGGCGAGCGCUGUUCUGCCGUUGCACAAAUCCCCAAAUCGUCAACUGGCACACAAUCCGACAUCGUGAUCGUCGCUGAACAUCGCUUCGUUAUCUUGUCAACGGGAAAACAGGCGCGACAGAGCGAAGGACGGAUGGUGCUGGUGGAGAAGACCACGAAUGGAGGGGUGGGCGAGCUGGAUGUUGUGGGUAUCGAGCAGGCGCUUGCGAGGAUGGAGAACGGGAUGGAUGUCCGGAGGAAAAUCUUCUGA